AUGUCAGAGAUAAAGUAUAAAAAUCAAAUUUUGGCUGCUAUAGAUCAUUUACGCUCACGUAAAUCGCGUCCUGAUAUACAUAGGAUUUGCAAGUUUAUGUUAAAGUGUUAUAAAGUACUACCUAAAGAUACUAAAGCAGAUCUCAAACGUUGCCUGAAGGAGAAAAGUAUUUUCAAAGUUGAUUAUAAAGAUAAUGUAAGCUAUAGAAACGCUGCUAAGUGGCGAAAAAAAUCAAACAAAAUGUCUUCAUCAAUUGCAACCAGUGAACGGCGGGUCAUAACUUCAGCAAUUGCUACAUUGAUUUACCAAGAUCAAAGCUAUUUGGAAAAUGGAAUUGCCUUUGAUGAUCUUGUGUCUGCAGCUGCUGCACAAGGAUCAAAAUAUUCAAAAAAACAACUUGAGGCUAUUGUCAACAAAGAGUUAUCAUCGGGAAGUUUGGUCAAAUUACAAAAUGGCAACUUGGCUUUAGGUCCUGCAGACCAUGAUGGUGAUAGCUCAGACAGCUUCAAAUUUGAACAGUAUCAUGCAGAUUUUAGCAAUACAAAGAUGACUUCAUCUGCCAAUUCAUCAUGUAGAUCUUCACCUCAAAGAAUGCGUGGAAGGCCAAAGAAACGAGGUGGUGGAUCAUCUAGUAAUGGACUCAGUGGUGGUAGUACAUCACGUAAUGCUGCUGUGCGCGUCGGCGAAAGACGUAAAAUGGCUAAGAAAGUUUUUGAUCCAUCUGAUAAUAAUGUACCAAGCAAACGAAAAAGAGGCAGGCCAGUGGGAUCAUUAAAUAAAAGUACAAUUAAGAAAAGACUUAUUUCUGCUGGACUUCAGAAAUCUGAUGCAGAUGGAACACCAUUAUCUGAAAGUCAACUAUCCUUAGAUGGAAGUGGUGAUGAAUUGGAACAAGAAGAGCCCCUAGCUCAUGAGACAUCUGGAGGAGUAUGUUCAGUAUGUUUGGUGCAGAAACCUCGUGGUUCAAAUGAUAGACUAGUUGAAUGCAGAGAUUGUAAUAAUAAGGCUCACUUAACUUGCCUUCAAUCAGGAUCAGGCAUUUUAAAACCUCGCCCAGAUAACACUUGGCAAUGCCCUCAUUGCAAAACUUGUGUAGUAUGCUGCGAAACUAAUGAUGCUGGUAUUUUAACUGUAUGCAGUAUUUGUUCUGAUGCCUACCAUGCACUUUGUCACAGUCCUCGAAUACCAGAAAGACUAAAGGCUUGGGAUCAAUGGGAGUGCAAUAAUUGUCUUGAAUCUCGGCCUACAGUUGUAGGAUCACCAGCAAUUCGAGGUAGUAUGGAAUAUGCUGCACAAAAUUCGCCUUCUGUGGACCCUUUCCUCAAGCCACAUGAACUUGAUAGAGCUCCUUCAAAACUUGUGGAGGAGAUUCCAAUGGACCCAAGUAUUCCAGAUAUAUCGAAUUGGAAUACUGAUGAUGUUUUUGAUUAUUUCAAACAGCAUUUACCUGAAGCUGCUCCGAUUCUUAAAGAACAGGAAUUUGAUGGUCAAGCAUUGAGUAUGGCGCGGCGUGCAGAUAUAGUACGAGGCCUGGGAUUACCUUUAGGCCCUGCAUUGGCCUUAUAUCGCAUUAUCGUUAAAUUACAAACAAGAAAAGACGACUGGACAAUGUGUUGGGGUUAA